AUUUAUAGUGGUUGAUAGUUGGAAGACAGAAGUUUUUGCAGCAGCAGACAAAUUACCUUAAAUAGUCUUUCUGCGAAUUUAGAAUUGUUUGAACAUUUGAAGUGUCAACAGCACCUGCGAGUGCAGAAGGAAAAAAAAUUGUGGAUUUUAGAUUAGACUAAAAUGAAAUUGUUAAUUUUGCUAUCGGUUUUAUUUGCAAGUGCUUGCGGGAAGCCACAACUCCUACAAUUUCCAGGCAUAAGCAUCUCAUCAAGCAAUGCUAAUGCAGGAUCAAAUUCAGGAUUGGGUGGAGCAGGAAGUAAUUCAAAUGCAAAUAGUUUUUCACUGAAUAUAGGAGGUGGUGGAUUAGGAAUUCCAGGACUUGGUGGAUUCGGUGGUGGUCCGAGCAUCAGUGCAUCACAAUCACAAGCACAGGCUCAAGCUGGUUCGGGUGGAGGUGGUUUUGGAGGAGGUAGUCAAUCACAAGCUCAAGCUCAGUCACAAUCAGUGAAUAUUAAUUUAGGAGGAGGAGGUGUAGCUCCAAUUGGAGGACCAGGAGUUUAUGGAGGUGGUCCUGGAUAUUAUGGUGGAGGUCCUGGAUAUGGAGGUUAUGGCGCAGGUUAUGGAGGAGGUCCUGGAUAUUAUAGAAGAGGUCCAGGAUUUUAUGGUGGUGGUCCCGGAUUCUAUGGAGGUCGAGGAUUUAGAAGACGUGGACAUCAUCAUCAUCACCAUCAUCAUUAUGAUGGUCCAGGCUUUGGUGGUCCAGGAUACGGCCCAGGAUUCUUCAAGAAAUAAAUAUAUUUAACAGAAACAUACUCAGCCAGUUGUACAUAUAGGAGUAAUGAAUAAGAAUCUCAUGUUUGUGCAAAAAAAUUGUUGUUCUUUACGUUGUAAAUAAGCAUUCAUCUUCAAUGACACUUAAACAUAUAUACACACACACAUACACAAAUACACUU